UCGUCCUGCGAUCGUCAUGGAUCGCAGUUGAGUUGUUGCUUUUUUGAAUGGCGUGCAUAAUAUUUGAAAAGUUAAGUUAAAAGAAAAUUUAACUAUACUUUUAUUUUUAUUUAUGGUACGCCUUAUAUAAUAUAUUUUAGAACAGUCUAAAAUUAAAUUCCGCGAACAUGGCUGUGAACGUGUGUUGUUGUGUGAAACUGUCCCCUAACAAAAAAUCGAUUUUUGGAUUGAGUAUAAAGAACCAAAUAUUGUAUUUGGUGAUAGUUGCGAGUUUAUUCGUCGUUGUGUCAUCCGCGGACGCUGAGACAUCCUGUGCUAAAGUGAAAACUUUCUUCGAAAAGAAAGGAGUGUUGUUGGAUGUUGACAUACAAGAGCAGGCUAACUCAGACGCGGGUGGUCUCUGCCUCAACAAAGGUUGUUGCGGGCCCAAAGCAAACGUAGCGCUGACGCAGCGCGCACAUCAACAGCUGACCGACUCGCUGCGUAGCGAGCUGGCCAAACUGGCGGACAUACUCUCUGUCAGAGCAAGGAAGUUCGAUGAAUUCUUUCGAAAGCUUUUGAAAGUGUCAAGAGAAGAGUUUCACAACAUGUUUAAGCGCACGUAUGGUAUGAUCUACGAGCAACACUCAUAUGUAUUCGAACAAUUAUUCGAGCAGCUACAGAAUUACUAUACGCGCGGGGAUACGAACUUCGACAAGAUGAUGGACGACUUUUUCGGCAUCCUCUACGAGAAGAUGUUCACAGUCCUCAACUCUCAGUACAGCUUCGACCAGAAAGCGUUCAACUUGUUUAUUUACAAAGUGGAGCUGAGCAGCGAGUGCGGCGCGGCGUGGGCGCGGCUGCGGUGGUGCGGCGCGUGCGGCGGUGUUACAGCGCCUGCAUGCUCGCGUUACUGCCACAACGUGCUGCGCGGCUGUCUGCACGCGCACGCAGACCUCGCCGACCUCUGGGACGCUUACGUUGAUUCCGUAGAGAAGGUUGCCGAUCGUCUACAAGGGCCCUUCAACAUAGCGAUGGUGGUGGAGCCCAUCGACAUAAAGAUAUCUGAGGCGAUCAUGAGCUUCCAGGAGCACAACCAGGAGAUAUCGCAGAAGAUCUUCGCGGGCUGCGGGAAGCCCAACCUGGGUGGCGACGGCGGUGCGGGACCGUUCUUCGCCCCGGACAGGUCGCGGCGUUUCGCCCGCUCCAUUCCGGAUUUUGACUGGAACCAGAAGGCCAACGACGUUGACGACUUCGAGAUAGAGGCGUCCUUCGAGAGUUUAGUCAACAACGACCCUUCGCUUGUAAGCCUCCAGAGUCCCGAGAGCAUCAGGAAGGCGGCGGAGGAGAUGGGCGAGCAGGCCAAAUCUCGAGAACGCUUCCUCCAGUACAUGAGAGGACACAUAGACCUGGAGGAGUACGAGGAGCACGAGCGGCGGCGGCGCGAGGCGGGGCCCGACGCUGCGGGCGGAGAUAUCUACAUGAAGCCCUUCGACUUCGAAGGCAAACGCGGCUCUAAGAAGAAGAAGCCCAUCGCCACCAAAUCUGAUGAUGUACACGGUGCGGAGUGGGGCAGUCCAGUGCUGGAGCGGCUGAUGCGGGAGACGAGGGCGCGCGUGCGAGGCUCGCGGCGGUACUGGGCGCAGCUGCCGGCCGCGCUCUGCGCACCGCUCAGCGUCACCACCGCGCCCUGCUACAACGGCUCCGCACUCGCCAGCUACACGAGUAGCACAGCGGGCGACGGCUCGGCCGCGCUAGCCUCCAACCCUGAGGUGCGGAGUGCGGGCUCCGCGGGCCCGGCGGCGCGCGCGCAGGCAGACGCGCUGCGGGCGCUCACCGCACGACUCAAGGACGCCUACAACGGUGUCGAGGUGCAGUGGAAGGAUGAAGAUAAGCUGCAGGAGACGGCGGCUGCGGCUUCGGGACUAGACUUGGUGGCCGUGGCGGGGUCCGGCUCGGGCUCCGGCGACGACGGCGAUGACGAACUGCCCGACGAUGACGAGGACCGAGACUCCAACCUCGACUACCCCGAAGGAUCAGGGGAGAGUCAGCCCACGGAGGAGGUGACUCCGGAGGCGGUGACGGAGCCGCGGCUGGUGGCGGUGACGGAGGCUCCGGUCGGGGCGCCGGGCGGAGCGGUGGGCGGCGGGGCGGUGCGCGUGCGGCAGCCGGACACGAGCAGUGCGCGCGCUCCACCCGCCACCUCCAGCAGCGAGGCGCCGCACGAGGUGCCCGCAGUGGAGGAGGCGGUGCCGGGCGCUGCGACACGCCCCUCGCUCAGCAAGGCGCUCUUCACGUACGCGCUGCCGGUCGUCUGCGCCUGGUUCGGCACCAUCGUCACAGAUCUCUUCUAGAUCCCUUCUCUCUGGCAACGUCCCCAGAACCGACCGGUCUCUUAUUUGUUGUGAAAUAUAAGUUCACUUGAGACGAGAAAAUUUAUUUUGAAAUAAGUUAUUUUACAAUAGCAUAUAUUUAUUUAAAACCGUUAUCGUGUAAGUUUUAAUUAAAUAAUUUAUUUAAUUUUAAAUAACAAUAACGCAAUCUUGAGAUGGGACCGAUUGAUGUAAGUUUUUAUUAUUCGUUCUCAGUUAAAUUCUUGAAUUUCAUGAAAUAUUUCACAAACACAUAAGAACCUGAAAAUUAAAAUAGUAGUAAUUCAAUUCGCCACGUUUAAAAAACUGGCAACACUGAAUCCGAUAAUGACGUUGCCACAUUGAAAUCGGGUUCGUGCGAAAGGGACAGCCUAGUCAGAUGCGGCGGUAGGGAGUGAGCGGGAUAGCGCGCUGCUGUGAUAUGAGACAAGUUGCGGAAUGUUGGCAGGAGUGAAAUCGAUUAAAUAUCGAUAGAAAAACUUCGAUAUCAUUUAUAUCUAAUGAAAUUUUUAAUGAAUUAUAGUGUUUUGUACGAUUAUCACUAACCAUACGUAUUUGUCCAACGAGACGCAUCGAAAACUUUAUAUGCGAAAUAUUGCGCUAUAAUAUAUUUAUUAUUUUUUAAACGGUUGCACGAUCAGUUUUCUUUUAUAAAAAACUAAUGAAAUGUAUUUUCUAUGUUUUGUGUCAUCUAACUGGAGAACUUAUCAGAAGUGUCUGACAAUAAAAAAACGGUACAUUAUUUUACUAUUUAACAUUGUGUUAUGUCGCCGAGAGGAAAAGUUUAAAAGGAGGUAUCCAGUCAAAUCGUGUAUUUAUUGAAUGAUCUUCUUUGUAAAUAAUAUCUUGUAAAUUAUAAUUAAAUUAGAUAGCGAAUGUAUGUUUUUUAUAAGUACAGAGUAUGUAUGUUCGGGGAAUCUAUGAAAGUGUGACUUCGAUGUCAUUUCUGUCAAACAUUAAGUUUCAGAACGACACCUCAACUGUCACUUUUACUUUUUUUUUGUAAAUAUAUUUUUGGCGCGAAGUCACAGAUAGUUGUAAUGUCAAACGUGUUUAAACUGUAAAUAAAAUUAAUUCUUAAAUCUAAUCUUAAUUUAAGAGACUGAUUUGCUUUUCAUUUAUUCGUUAUUCAAUUAUAAUGCAGCUAAAAUUAUAACUCAUUUGUUUGAAUUUUAUUUAGAAAUGAAUUUUUAACAGUAAUCAAAUAUUACGUAGCAAAAAUUGCUUUUAUUGUAAAUAUAUUUUUUAUUUCAUUCAGACUAAGUUUUUAUUGACUGACACAAUAAUGUAUUUGCUUUACAUUUAAUCUUUUUAUACAUUUAUUAUGAUUUUGGCUUCAGCUUUACUUUGCUAGUUAUUACAAAUGAAUUUUUAAUUUACAAUGCAUCGUUAAUGAACAUUUAUUAAAUUAAAUUAGGAUUAAAAUAUAGUCAAAUUGCGAUGCAUUGAAAGUUAAAUAAAUUAUUAUAAUUUUUAAAAUUAUAUUGAAUUAAGCCAGUGUAUAUUUUUACUUAAGUUUACUCUCACAUGCCAUACUAAAGUCGAAAUAAUUUAAUCCCAACUAAUUUCGAUAUAAAUAUAUUCAUCAAAAUGGCGAAAGCCACCAUGUCUAUUCGUUUCAAUACCUUUUGUAUACUUUUUAAAUGCUAAAUGUUCUAAAACAUUAGCAGAGCUAUUGUAGCUUAACACAACGCACAAUAUUUUUCUAUAAUCGUCAGUUUUAACUAAAGACCAGUGAUGUACAAAAACCGAUACAAAUAGUCUUUUUUUAUUUAAACUUUUUAAAUUCUUUAACUUUGUAAAAAGCAAAUAUUGGCCGUAUAUAUUCACUGCUGCAAAACAUG